AUGUACAAAUCGAAGCUUCAAGAACUUUGCCAACAGAGAGAAUGGGAGCUGCCCAGCUAUGAAGCAUCAAAACAAGGACAAGCUCACAACCCUCGCUUUCUUGCCACUGUCACUGUCAAUGGCAUUUCCUUUCACUCUCCAUCUCCCUCUAAUACCUCUAAGGGUGCUCAAAAUAACGCUGCUAAACUCGCUUACGACCACUUCUCCCUCUCUCGCCCCUCCUCCUCUCCCUCCCUUCCGGAAGUUGCUGCAGGUUCUUUGAGGGCAAGGAAUGGGGCGAUUAUUUGUCUCUCUCCCGGAGGGACAAUGCAAUUAAACACACAAGAUACAAAUCAAACUCCCCAGAUAAAUGAAGCUGUGGCAGUUGCCAAAAAUGAUGAGAGUUUCGGAGGUGAGAGCAAAUCUAGUCUUGUCCUUUUUGGAUUUAAUAUGACUUUAACACAAUCAUGCACUGUUUCUGGAGCUACCUUGCUUAUAAAAGUUGCUGCAGGUUCUUUGAGCGUAAGCACUGGGGCGACUAAUCAUCUCUCUCCUGGAGGGACAUUGCAAUUAAACACAAAAGAUGCUAAUCAAACCCCUCAGGUGAAUGAAGCCAUGGCAGUCGCCAAAAAUGACGAGAAUUUUGGAGGAACUGUUAUGGACACGGGUGAGCGUCCGACACCUAGUUUUGGAAUCAAUGUUCAUCAUCUUUUAGAUUUGAUAGAUCUCAGUAUAUCUUCAAUUGCUUGUGCAUGUGGGCGUUUGUUCAAAAACCAGCUACAAACCUAUGCUCAAAAGAGAAAUUUUACUCUCCCUCUGUAUUCUUGUGAGCGAGUGGGUCCUCCUCAUGCUAGUCGCUUUAAGUGCAAGGUCACAGUAAAUGGACAAACCUAUGAAAGUCAAGAUUAUUUUCCCACAUUGAACAAAGCUGAACAUGAAGCUGCAAAAGCUGCAUUGAUGUCAUUGCUUCCAAAUGGAGGUGAAGAGGAUGAGCUUGGUUAUAAAAAUCUCUUACAAGAAUUGGCUCAGAGAGAAGGUUGUGGUUUGCCAACUUAUGGUACAAACAAAUCUGGUGAAGCUCAUGUGCCUACUUUCAUUUCGACGGUCGAGAUAAAAGGAGAGAUUUUUACCGGACAAGGAGCAAAAACUAAGAAACAAGCAGAGAUGAGUGCAGCAAAAAUUGCUUACACUGCCCUAAAACAGCGCUACUCAAGUCAGAGCCCUGCAUUCUUCUCCCCUGCUCGCCAAUUUCAAGAGGCUCGUCAGAUAUCUCAAGUUCUCGACACUGCUUGUGAAGUCAAAGAAGGUACUCAGAGCACUACGUGUCUCUCCCCUGCUCGUCAAGGAAAUGGAGCUCCUCAGUUCUCAGCUUCUAGCCUCCGUGCAGAUCUUACUGCUUAUCUUCAACAAAACAUUCAACCUAAAUUGCCCAGUGGACAAGCUGAGGAGGAUAAAAGGACGCAACUGAAAGAUGUGCUUAUAGGUGGUCAUAAGUUUUCAGACUUGUCAAGUCUCUUGACUAGAAGUAGAAUGGUGGUUAAAGAAAGCUAUGGGCAUUCAACUUUUGAAUUGUUGGCAGCGCCCUCCAUUGCAUCUCCGGGGCUAGGCAGUGGUUCAGAUGUGAGAAGCAUUGCAUCUUCAUCUGGUGGAGCCAUCUCUCCUUUGCCUAAGCAUGACUUGUCUUCAUCUCCUUUGCCUAAACAUGACUUGUCUUCAUCUCCUUUGCCUUCUGAUUCCUCCACUAAUUUGGCCACAAGCUCAAGCAUCGAGCGUCUGGUCGGAAAGAGUACGUCAUGCCAAAGUAGGGUCAUUGUUCAUCCACGGGGGACACUAAUCACAUAUCCUGAAGGCAGCAUUGUGUUGCCCAUCAGCGACGACGAAUGGGUUGCAGUGAAGCUACCACCUCAACUGAGUCGGUAA